AGCAGCAGCACGCAGGCGUUGUGAACGCUCCCGCAGACAGGGGGCGUCAACAUGGCGUCCUGAGAAAGACAACACAGCUCGACACCGCACCGAUCUCCGGCUGACAACGGGAGGAGAGAGGGACGAGCAGCCACAGACCGUCAGACAUCAUUUGGUCCUGUGUUUUCCCCUGAAGGGCGUUUGGAUGUGCACAUCUCGGAGGCGGAGGAAAGACACGUAACAACUGAUCGAGAAUUUUCCUUUUUCAUUUUGAUUUGAUGCUGCCGCUCGGUCCUCGGUGAUACAAAAGCAGGUGAGACCGAGGCGACCGCUCCUUUUCGGGAUUCGGGUCGGAAAUGUCGAGCGAGAAACCGGUUUUCCCACCGGGUUCCGCCUCGCUCACGGACCGAGAAGCCCUACCGCCAGCAGGUUCGGGGCAGCAAGUCUUAACGGGCUCUGUUACCGGGGACAUGAUGGUGUCUGGAUCGGGCGCCGUGGUUCUACCGGCCGGGGUGAUAAACCCCUCGGUUCCGAUCCGGAAUAUCAAGAUGAAAUUCGCGGUGGUCAUCGGUUUGAUCCAGGUCGGGGAGGUUAGCAACAGAGACAUCGUGGAGACCGUUUUAAAUCUGCUGGUUGGUGGCGAGUUUGACCUGGAGAUGAACUUCAUCAUCCAGGAUGCCGAGAGCAUCGCCUGCAUGGUUGAGCUGCUGGAGCACUGUGACGUCACCUGCCAGGCAGAGAUCUGGAGCAUGUUCACCGCCAUCCUUCGAAAAAGCGUUCGCAACCUGCAGACCAGCACCGAGGUGGGACUCAUCCAGCAGGUGCUGCAGAAGAUGAGCUCAGUUGAUGACAUGAUCGCAGAUCUCUUAGUGGACAUGCUAGGGGUUUUGGCCAGCUACAGUAUCACCGUUAAGGAGCUGAAGCUGUUGUUCAGCAUGCUGAGGGGAGACGGAGGCGUGUGGCCAAGACAUGCAAUUAAGCUCCUGUCAGUGCUGAAUCAGAUGCCUCAGCGACACGGCCCAGAUACCUUCUUUAACUUCCCAGGACGCAGUGCGGCGGCCAUUGCUUUGCCGCCCAUUGCUAAGUGGCCUUACCAGAACGGAUUCACUCUCAACACUUGGUUUCGAAUGGACCCUCUCAAUAAUAUCAAUGUAGACAAGGAUAAACCAUACUUAUACUGUUUUCGUACCAGCAAAGGGGUUGGCUACUCGGCGCACUUUGUGGGAAAUUGUUUGAUUGUGACAUCACUGAAAUCGAAGGGGAAAGGCUUUCAACACUGUGUGAAGUACGACUUUCAACCCAGGAAGUGGUACAUGAUCAGCAUAGUCCACAUCUACAACCGCUGGAGGAAUAGUGAGAUACGUUGCUAUGUCAACGGACAGCUGGUUUCCUACGGCGACAUGGCGUGGCACGUCAACACCAAUGAUAGCUAUGAUAAAUGUUUCCUGGGGUCAUCCGAGACCGCUGAUGCUAAUCGGGUGUUUUGCGGGCAGCUUGGAGCCGUAUACGUGUUCAGCGAGGCACUAAACCCUGCACAGAUCUUCGCUAUUCAUCAGCUGGGACCUGGAUAUAAGAGCACAUUCAAGUUCAAGUCGGAAAGCGACAUUCACCUGGCCGAGCACCAUAAGCAGGUGCUGUAUGAUGGGAAACUAGCCAGCAGCAUCUCCUUCACGUAUAACGCUAAAGCCACGGAUGCGCAGUUGUGCCUGGAGUCAUCACCCAGGGAAAACUCCUCCAUAUUUGUGCAUUCGCCACAUGCCCUGAUGCUGCAGGAUGUGAAGGCCAUAGUCACUCACUCCAUCCAUAGUGCCAUCCACUCCAUCGGAGGAAUCCAGGUUCUCUUCCCUCUCUUUUCUCAGCUGGACUACAGGCAACCCAAUGACAGUCCUGUGGAGACGACCGUCUGUGCCACUCUUCUUGCGUUCCUGGUGGAGUUGUUGAAGAGUUCAGUAGCCAUGCAGGAACAGAUGUUGGGGGGCAAAGGAUUCCUGGUCAUUGGGUAUCUGCUGGAGAAGUCGUCUCGAGUGCACAUCACCAGAGCAGUUCUGGAGCAGUUUCUGUCCUUUGCCAAAUAUCUUGAUGGAUUGACACACGGAGCUCCUUUACUUAAACAGCUCUGUGAUCAUGUUCUGUUUAACGCAGCCAUCUGGAUACACACACCAGCUAAGGUGCAGCUAUCUCUCUACACUUAUCUGUCGGCUGAAUUUAUAGGCACCGCCACCAUCUACAGCACCAUCCGCCGGGUGGGCACCGUCCUGCAGCUCAUGCACACUCUAAAGUAUUACUACUGGGCCAGCAACCCUCUGGAGAGCAGCAGCAUUACCCCUAAAGGCCUGGAUGGUCCACGACCUUCACAGAAGGAGAUUAUAUCCCUCCGGGCUUUUAUGCUUCUCUUCCUUAAACAGCUCAUUCUGAAGGACCGCGGAGUGAAAGAAGAUGAGUUGCAGAGCAUAUUAAACUACCUGCUAACCAUGCAUGAGGAUGAGAACAUCCAUGAUGUUCUUCAGCUCCUGGUUGCGCUCAUGUCUGAGCACCCAGCCUCCAUGAUCCCCGCCUUCGACCAGAGGAACGGAAUACGAGUCAUCUAUAAGCUGUUGGCCUCCAAAAGCGAGAGUAUACGAGUCCAAGCGCUUAAAGUUCUCGGCUACUUCCUGAAACAUCUGGGACACAAGAGGAAGGUGGAGAUUAUGCACACACACAGCCUCUUCACACUGCUCGGAGAACGACUAAUGAUGCACACCAGCACUGUGACCAUCACCACCUACAACACACUUUAUGAGAUUUUAACAGAACAGGUCUGCACUCAGGUGGUACAUAAACCCCACCCAGAACCCGAUUCUACAGUCAAGAUCCAAAAUCCCAUGAUUCUGAAGGUUGUGGCCACGCUGCUAAAAAGCUCCUCCCCCAGCGCUGAGCUCAUGGAGGUCCGACGCCUUUUCCUGUCCGAUAUGAUCAAACUCUUCAGCAACAGCAGAGAAAACAGACGAUGUCUGCUGCAGUGUUCAGUGUGGCAGGAUUGGAUGUUCUCGCUGGGCUACAUUAACCCGAAGAACCCGGAAGAGCAGAAGAUCACCGAAAUGGUCUACAACAUUUUCCGCAUCCUGCUGUAUCAUGCCAUCAAGUACGAGUGGGGAGGAUGGCGAGUGUGGGUGGACACACUAUCUAUCGCCCACUCCAAGGUGACCUAUGAAGCACACAAAGAGUACCUGGCGAAGAUGUAUGAGGAAUACCAGCGACAGGAAGAGGAGAACAUCAAGAAAGGGAAGAAGGGCUCGGUCAGCACUAUUUCCGGCCUUUCCGCCCAACCUGCCACUGUCAACGGAAACCUGGAGAUCCGUGAGAUCGACGAUACAUCUCAAACACAAACACCGGAGAGCGAGGUGGACUACGGAGAGAACGCAGAUUCACGAAACCUUCUGGCCGAAGGUAAAGGUCCGGAGGGAGAGGCCGAACGAACGGCCGCAGGGGUUCGUGUGGAAGUCCACGACUUGUUGGUGGAUAUCAAAGCGGAGAAGGUCGAGGCUACGGAGGUCAAGUUGGACGAUCUGGAUCUGUCUCCGGAAGUGUUGGGAGGAGGAGGAAGCAUGGAGAAUGGACCCCUGGUGGAAGUAGACUCUCUAUUGGACAGCGCCUAUUGUGCAGUGGUUCACAAGCUCAAUGGAAGCCUUGUCCCCAAAGAGGAAAAUGUUGUGGGUUUGACAGAAGAUAACGGUAACCUAGGCCCUCUCAUCACACUCGCGGAUGAAAAGGACAGCGUGCCCAGCAAUAACGGCUUCCUUUUCCCCAAAGUAGAUGAGAAGCUGCUUCCCUCUUUGGCGUCGACGGAGCCCCUGGUGUUGCCCAGUCCCGAACAGCCACCUUGCUCGACCACUCCACACACUUCAAGCGCCAGUGAUGAUCUUAGCCUUUUGGCUCACACGACGUCUUGUGGUUCAGACCUGGUCCAAACCCCAAGUGGCCUGCCGGAUGAUGAUGGGUUUAAGCUGCAGAGCUCCCUGGUAGACAUCAGCACGCUGGCGGAGGCCCAGGCCCAGGCUGCGGCCAGGACAGCAGAGUGUUUAGAGCAGGAUGUGGGGGAGACGAGGGCUGGAAAGAGCGCUGGAGACGCAGCCAGCACCACAUCAGACACGGAGAGGUCUGACGAUGGAAAAGACAAAGAGAUGAAGAAGAUUCAGACCACAGCCACCACGCAGGCUCUUCAUGGCCGCCUGUCGAGUCAGAUGGAGAGGGACCUCCGUGUGGAUCUGGGCUUUCGUGGCAUGCCGAUGACCGAGGAACAACGGCGGCAGUUCAGCCCCGGACCUCGCACCACCAUGUUCCGUAUCCCAGAAUUCAAGUGGUCGCCCAUGCACCAGCGUCUUCUCACCGACCUGCUGUUCGCCCUGGAGAGCGACGUACACAUGUGGAGGAGCCACUCGACAAAAUCGGUCAUGGACUUCGUAAACAGUAACGAGAACAUUAUAUUUGUUCACAACACCAUCCACCUCAUUUCUCAGAUGGUUGAUAACAUCAUCAUCGCAUGUGGUGGGAUCCUGCCCUUGCUCUCUGCUGCCACCUCGCCUUCUAGCUCUAAGGUUAAUCCGAACCCUACGAAAAGUUCUGGCUUACAGAAAGUGAAAAAAUGCAGUGAAGUUAAUAGCCUGCCAGGAAGCUCUGGCACAGGGGUGGAGACGGAGCUGGAAAACGUGGAAGCGACCCAGGGUAUGUCCUCCGAGACAGCGGUCACGUUUCUCAGCAGGCUGAUGGCUAUGGUGGACGUCUUGGUCUUUGCCAGUUCCCUCAAUUUCAGCGAGAUUGAGGCUGAAAAAAAUAUGUCGUCAGGAGGACUAAUGCGCCAAUGUCUCCGAUUAGUGUGUUGUGUAGCAGUCCGAAACUGUCUGGAGUGCAGACAGAGACAGAGAGACAGGGGCAGCAAGACCUCGCUGCCCAUCAGCAAAACCCAAGACAACCUACAAACAGCAGCAGCAGCCAGCAAGACUGUUAUACAAAAUGUCCCUCGUAACUUGUCGCCCAUCAAGGACCCAGACAGAUUGCUGCAGGACGUGGACAUCAACCGCCUCCGCGCUGUCGUCUUCAGAGACGUGGAUGACAGUAAACAGGCUCAGUUCCUGGCACUGGCCGUCGUCUACUUCAUCUCUGUCCUUAUGGUGUCCAAGUACCGGGACAUCCUGGAGCCACAGCGGGAGAUUGGCAGGUCCAGCAGCCUAUCAGGAAGGAGCAUUCGACAAGAGAUUAAUUCACCCACCAGCACAGAAAACCCGUCAUCCUUCACAGAUGGUGUACGUGGAGACCGCCAGGCCACGCCUCUGGAGGAUCUUCCCCUGGAGGGGUCGCUACCUCACACCGACUCUGGCAUCGGGGAAGAGCAGGUCGCCGGUGCCCUCAAUGGCUCGGAACUGGCCGGAGAUAUCGGAGGAGGCCCGGACGCCAUGAGCGAGUUGCUCUGCACGUUGUCCUCAGAGGUGAGGAAGUCCCGCGAGUCCCUGCUGGAGUCACCACCCGGCGUGGAGGUCCUGAAACCAGCCGCGUCCAUCUCCAGCAUAAGCCAGGCCAACAAGGGGAUCAACGUGAAAGAGAUCCUGAAGAGCUUGGUGGCGGCUCCCGUGGAGGGGACGGAGGCCGGGCCUGAACCUCAGCCGUAUCACCCUGACCCCGCCCUGAAGAGGGAAGCUGCCGCUAUGCUGCCCAUGCAGUUCCACUCGUUUGACAGGAGUGUAGUGGUGCCUGUUAAGAAGCCUCCUCCAGGAAGUCUGGCAGUGAACACAGUAGGUACACCCACCACCAGUGGAGUGCCCUCUUCGGGAAGCACGCCCAAUAUUUUUGCUGCUGCCACAGCAACACCUAAAAGCAUGAUCAACACGACUGGUGCCACUGACUCCGCCUCUUCGUCAUCCUCCUCUUCAUCAAGCUUUGUUAACGGCGCCACAAGUAAAAACCUCCCAGCCGUGCAGACCGUCGCGCCGAUGCCUGAAGACACGGUGGAAAACAUGAGUGCCUUUUGUGAAGUGGACCAGUGUCCACUGCGAACCAGGCUGACGCCUCCAGAACUCAAAUCCUUUAGUUCGCUGACAGGAUUCCAAACAGCCCCAAGAGAUGCAGGACAGUUUCUUAGUAUCACCACUAAACUGGAGCGGGCGCUGGAGAAAGUGGCUCCCUUGCUGAGGGAGAUUUUCGUGGACUUCGCCCCCUUCCUAUCGAGAACUCUGCUUGGCAGUCAUGGGCAGGAGUUGCUCAUUGAAGGUACAGGUUUAGUUUGUAUGAAGUCCAGCACAUCAGUAGUGGAGCUGGUCAUGCUGUUGUGCUCACAGGAGUGGCAGAACUCCAUACAGAAGAAUGCUGGACUUGCUUUUAUCGAGCUUAUUAAUGAAGGAAGACUGCUGUGUCACGCCAUGAAGGAUCAUAUCGUCAGAGUUGCCAAUGAGGCCGAGUUCAUCCUCAACAGACAGAGAGCCGAGGAUGUUCACAAGCAUGCAGAGUUUGAGUCAAACUGCGCGCAGUAUGCAGCCGACAGGAGAGAGGAGGAAAAGAUGUGCGAUCACCUGAUCAGUGCCGCUAAACACAGAGAUCAUGUGACCGCAAAUCAGUUGAAACAGAAGAUCCUGAACAUUCUGACCAAUAAGCACGGAGCGUGGGGCACGAUGUCACAGAGUCAGCUGCAUGAUUUCUGGCGUUUGGAUUAUUGGGAGGAUGACCUGCGCAGGAGGCGGAGAUUUGUGCGCAAUGCCUUCGGCUCCACGCACUCAGAUGUGCCUCUCAAAUCUUUAGAGGAAUAUGCAGGCUCUGAGGAAGAGGAGGGGAUGAAGUCAAAGAAAUCUUUUCGCAGUCAUCCGGUGGUCAGUCCAAAUCCAGAGACUGAGCUGAUGCUGGAGGGAGACGAUGAUGCGGUUAGCCUGCUGCAAGAAAAAGAGAUCGACAAUCUUGCAGGUCCAGUUGUCCUGAGCACACCAGCCCAGCUGGUUGCUCCUGUGAUUGUUGCUAGAGGAACGUUGUCAAUCACCACAACAGAAAUCUAUUUUGAAGUUGAUGAGGACGAUCCAACUUUCAAAAAGAUUGAUGCAAAGGUGUUGGCGUACACUGAAGGUCUGCACGGCAAGUGGAUGUUUAGUGAGAUCAGAGCAGUUUUUUCUAGACGUUACCUGCUCCAGAACACUGGAUUGGAGGUCUUCAUGGCCAACAGGACAUCCGUCAUGUUUAACUUCCCAGAUCAGGCCACGGUGAAAAAGGUGGUGUAUAGUUUACCUCGGGUGGGUGUCGGCACCAGCUAUGGUCUCCCUCAGGCGAGACGUAUUUCUCUUGCGACACCACGGCAGCUCUUUAAGUCGUCUAACAUGACCCAAAGAUGGCAACGGAGAGAAAUUUCCAAUUUUGAGUACCUCAUGUUUCUGAACACAAUCGCAGGGAGGACCUAUAAUGAUCUCAACCAAUAUCCUGUCUUCCCCUGGGUCCUCACUAACUACGACUCCGAGGACCUGGAUCUUACCUUACCAGGGAAUUUCAGGGAUCUAUCAAAGCCAAUCGGAGCCCUCAAUCCAAAGCGAGCCGUGUUUUACGCCGAACGCUAUGAGACAUGGGAGGAUGACGGAACUCCGCCCCAUCAUUACGCAUCACUUUAUUCCACCGCGGCGUCAACUCUCUACUGGCUUGUCAGGAUAGAACCCUUUACAACUUUCUUCUUGAAUUGCAAUGACAACAAGUUUGACCAUCCUGAUCGGACCUUUUCUGGUAUUGCUCGCUCUUGGCGAAGUUGUCAGAGGGACACAUCUGACGUUAGGGAGCUGAUACCCGAGUUUUACUACCUCCCUGAGAUGUUUGUGAACAGUAGCGAAUAUAACCUGGGGAUGAGAGAGGACCGAACAGCCGUUUGUGAUGUGGAUCUGCCAGUCUGGGCCAAAAAACCAGAAGACUUUGUUCGCAUCAACAGGAUGGCGCUGGAGAGCGAAUUUGUGUCGUGUCAGUUGCACCAGUGGAUCGAUCUCAUCUUCGGCUACAAGCAGAGGGGCCCUGAAGCCAUUAGGGCCCUUAACGUUUUCCAUUACAUGUCUUACGAGGGCUCCGUGAACCUGGACAUCAUCAGCGACCCUCAGAUGAGAGAGACUAUGGAGGCUCAGAUUCAGUCAUUUGGACAGGCUCCAUCUCAGCUGCUAAUAGAGCCUCAUCCGCCCCGCAGUUCUGCAAUGCAUUUGUGUUUCCUUCCUCAGAGUCCUCUGAUGUUCAAGGACCAAAUGCAGCAAGAUGUCAUCAUGGUGCUAAAAUUCCCCUCCAACUCUCCGGUCACGCACGUGGCGGCCAACACGUUGCCUCACCUCAGCAUUCCCGCUGCGGUCACGGUGACGUGCAGCCGACUGUUUGCCGUCAAUCGCUGGCAUAAUACAGUGGGUCUCCGAGGUGCUCCAGGAUAUUCAUUAGAACAGGCUCAUCAUCUCCCCAUUGAGAUGGACUCUCUGAUUGCCAACAACUCUGGCAUUAGUAAAAGGCAAAUCACAGAUUUGGUUGAUCAGAGUAUACAGAUCAACACGCACUGCUUUGUGGUAACAGCAGACAACCGCUACAUCCUGGCAUGUGGCUUCUGGGACAAGAGUUUCCGUGUUUAUUCGACAGAAACAGGGAAACUCACUCAGAUCGUGUUUGGCCAUUGGGACGUGGUGACUUGUCUUGCGCGAUCUGAGUCCUACAUUGGCGGUGAUUGUUAUAUAGUCUCUGGCUCGCGAGACGCCACCUUGCUGCUGUGGUACUGGAGCGGACGACAUCACAUCAUCGGUGAUAAUCCCAACAAUAGUGAUUAUCCAGCACCUCGAGCGGUUCUGACGGGUCACGAUCAUGAGGUGGUGUGUGUGUCAGUGUGUGCUGAACUGGGACUCGUCAUCAGUGGAGCCAAAGAGGGCCCAUGUUUGGUGCACACCAUCACAGGAGAUUUACUGCGGGCCCUUGAAGGCCCAGAGAACUGUAUUCGGCCCCGUCUGAUCUCUGUGUCCAGCGAGGGCCACUGUAUCAUCUACUAUGAACGAGGACAAUUCUGUAACUUCAGCAUUAAUGGAAAACUCCUGGCACAGAUGGAAAUCAAUGACUCCACACGUGCUAUCCUGUUGAGCAGCGACGGACAAAAUCUGGUGACGGGAGGUGACAAUGGGGUCGUUGAAGUGUGGCAGGCCUGUGACUUUAAGCAGCUUUAUAUUUACCCCGGCUGUGAUGCGGGCAUCAGGGCUAUGGACCUGUCCCAUGACCAAAGGACUUUGAUCACUGGAAUGGCAUCAGGCAGCAUUGUGGCAUUCAACAUUGACUUCAAUCGAUGGCACUACGAACACCAAAACAGAUAUUGAGACAGGACAGAGAAACAGUGAGAGAAGAAGGGAAAGGUGUUGUUUAGGGUCACAGGCGAAGCCAAUGUGAGGUUAAUUCCUGCUAGACAGUUGACGGUGUCGCUAAGUUCAGGGUGGAGCUAAACCCAGAUACAAAUAUAAGACAUAUCUCUAACAUAUCCUUAGAUCUUAAGGGUUGUCCUUCACUCCCCACUUAUUAUGCGAUGCCUGAAGUCCUUUCGUCUGCGAACACCAUCGUACGCAAACAAAAGCAGGAGAGCUGGACCGCAUGGACUCCAAACAGAAGAGGCUUUGAGAUAAAUGGCCAGUUAAAGUGAGUUUUAUUUGGGGAGGGAGGGGAAUUCUGGGAUAGGAUUAAGACACGGCAGUGAACUUAAUCUUUGUAAAUACAAACUGCGGCUUUGCAGUUCUUCACUACAAAGGGGGGAAGUAUAUACUUCUCACUCAAUGACAGAAGAUCUCAUCACCUUUAAUUUAUUAAUGACUUGCUGUAAGAUAUUGUGUAGUUCCAAUGACAUGAUGAGUUGGAUGAGGAUUGUAGAUGAACAGGGAGGAAGUGACCUAUCAGACAGGAAACAGGCUUCUAUUUCCUCUUUGUAUAUUUGGUAAUUGUUUUGUCAUAUAUGUAAAUAUUGUGACGGUUAGAAAAGCCAGGCAUGUAAGCAGGCCGUAAAAAAGAAUAAAGAGGAGAAAAAAGCAACAAAAAAAAGUUAAAGAAACCCUCUCUCACUCACACCUUUGAUUAUUUAUGAGACAAAAAAUAUUAAUGUUGACGUUUUUGUAUCAGACACUUUGCACCAGUAACAUCUCAUCAUUUAUCAAUGUGUAAGGAUUUUCUUUUGGCCACAUUUUAGACCCAUUCUUCCAUUGUAUAAUUUGUGCAUUGAUGUUUGUUGUAUUUAAAUGAUUAAUAUUACAACCAUAUGUGAUGAUUAUGUUGUACAACCACAGCCACAGUAAGCAAUAUCCUUGUAGCCAAAAGUGACUGCAUAAACUCGGUUUAAUAUGCGAAAUGAAAGAUAUCUGUAAUGAAUAUACCGGUAUUUACAACCCCUCUUCAAAAUAAAAGUCUGAGAGAAAAAAACUAUAUUUUACAAUUAAUAUAGUUGUUUUCUUGCAGAGGUGUAAUUAUUAGUUCAGAAGCUCAAAGAUCAAAAUAUGAAUAAAUUAUGCAAAGAAAUUGUUGAUUUGCAUUGUCAUUGGCCAUGUAUGUGAAUAUGCACGAGAUACAAAGCGUGCAAGUCUGUCUCCUCGUAGGUUAAGUGGUCACUAUUGUAUAUUUAAUUUGUACAUUUGCUAUAUAUCUUUUUGUUUUUAUUUUGCAAGGUGUACCUGAUCAUGUCAAUUUGCGUAUGAUUUUAAUUUAUUUUUAUGCAUCGUUUGUGGAGAGGAACAGUUGAUUGGCAGGAGGUAAAUAAAGGAUGAUUUAUUUCGAUUGAAAUGUAAUUUUUAAAUUCAGUCCCCACCUGCUGUUUCAUGCAUUUGCUGCAACUUGAAUAAGCCAGAAUCUUACAGGUGUCUCUUAAAAUGUUUAAAUAUUAAUUCAUGCCAAUAUAUAGAUCAAUACCUGUAAAAUAAAAUUGUUUCCUUUUUGUCGUAUUUACAAUAAAACAAAUCAAAAUAUC